AUGGACUCCGGAGAGCGUCGGACGAUCGAGUGCAAGAGCGGUGUGCAGCAAGGAGAUGGAAUGGGACCGCCCCUCUUCUGCUUCAUCCUAGUCCCGAUCGUCUUGAAGCUUAGAGCCAAGUACGACCACCUCGGGGUAUGCUUGAAAUCUUAUAUGGACGACAUCAGCCUGCACUUCAAAAAUAUCACAGCGGAAAAUAUCCAGGUGAUACCGGACCUCGUCGACGAACUAGAAGCUGUGGGCAUCAUCGUCAACAGGGGGAAGAGCUCAGCGCUUCCCCCACCAGGGCACGACGUGACGCCAGCAGAAAGGAGGCUACUUGGCGAUGCAGGCCUACCGAUUGCGGAGGAGGGCAUCACAGUUGUGGGAGUCCCCAUUGGGAAGGAUGCCUACGUCGAGGAUAUCGCAAUGAAAGUGAUAACUGAAGGGGGUGCAGACAAGCUUGCUCGCAUGCUGGUGCGCAUGCCAGACAAACAGGUGGCUCACCUCGUCACAUCACAAUCGCUGACACAGCGAUCCGGAUAUAUCGAGAGAGGCAUCAAUCAUAAGCUAGUGAAAGGGGCUUGUAAACGCCUGGACAAUAUGGUGAUGUGGGUCCUAGAGGCAACGAUGGGGCUCAGAGACACCGAAGUCGAAGAAGAGUUCUUCCAAGACGACUGCCAGCCUGACCGCUUCAAGUUAAAGCCCUAUCAACAAGCCCAGGCGCGCCUGUCGACAGGAGCCGGAGGACUAGGAUUACCAGCAGCCGUUAUGCGAAGGUUCUCAGCUUCUCUGGGCAACCUAGUCGGCACCCUUCCUGCGGUUAUAGCCGCGUUACGGGGUCCAUUGGGAGAGUCGGUGAGAGUUCGGAUACCGGGAACCGUGUUGGUGGAGCGGAUGGGGGACGCUAUCAAAGAACUCAACCAGGAGCAUGCAAUAUCGGUGGAGAUUCUGAAGGGGAUCCUUCCCCCGUCAUGGGUUGAGUGGGCCUUAGAACCGACAGGAGAAACCGGAAGGCGUCAGCCCACCGUUGCAGAACUGGCAGCACACGAUGGGGAAUCUACUACGCCGAGGAAAGCCCAGCACAAACUGGGCAAGGCGAU